UAGUAACAAUAAAAUAACAACAACAAAAACGAACGCGAUUAUAAAUAAACCAACCUUCUCUCUCUCAUCACUGUUCUUGGGGUUAGGUUAGGUCAUUCAAUUCCUCACAACGUGAAAUUUGUCUCACUUCGAUUCAUAAAAUUGAACUGAAUUAGAUCGUAAAACACGAUGUUUUUGGUGGAUUGGUUUUACGGGGUUCUAGCAUCGCUUGGAUUAUGGCAGAAAGAGGCUAAGAUCCUAUUCUUAGGUCUCGAUAACGCUGGCAAAACCACCUUGCUUCACAUGCUCAAAGACGAGAGAUUAGUCCAGCAUCAGCCGACUCAGUAUCCGACAUCAGAAGAGUUGAGUAUUGGGAAGAUCAAGUUUAAAGCUUUUGAUUUGGGGGGUCAUCAGAUUGCUCGUAGAGUCUGGAAAGAUUACUACGCUCAGGUAGAUGCAGUGGUCUAUUUGGUUGAUGCUUAUGACAAGGAAAGAUUUGCUGAGUCAAAAAAGGAGUUGGAUGCUCUCCUUUCUGAUGAAUCAUUGGCAAAUGUCCCUUUCCUUGUCCUUGGAAACAAAAUUGAUAUUCCAUAUGCUGCCUCAGAAGACGAAUUGCGUCACCAUUUGGGCUUGAGCAACUUCACCACUGGCAAGGGUAAGGUAAAUUUGUCAGACUCAAAUGUCCGACCCAUGGAGGUAUUCAUGUGCAGUAUUGUGAAGAAAAUGGGUUAUGGUGAUGGUUUCAAAUGGGUUUCUCAGUACAUCAAAUAGAGAUGGCUUGGUAUCUCAUAUCUUUUAAGUUUGUUUCUGUACUUAUGAAUUGGAAGUGUUGUUGGUAGAAAUUACUGUUCAAGAAAUUGCAGUAUAUUUCAAUUUUUAUUUCUAUAAAAUGACUGGGAACCUUCAGUUCAGUUAAUUUUUGGUUGAUUAUUUUUCAUUUCUAAAA